GGUAGGCGUUUCACUCUUUUUGAAAUCUCAUUGACUGAAAGACAAGAACAAGAUGUGCUUGGGUUAGUUUUAGUAGCUCUGAGAGUAGCAACGCAUUUACAGAAAAAGCCUGUGAGUUCUGGAAUUUCGAUGAAUCUGCCUCAGUUUGAGUUGAGCCGCCGCAGGAGUACCAUCGCACAUUGGAUUUUCUCCCUCUUCACCUACCCAUAGUUGCUCUAUCAAAAAAAUAAGUAGCAUUCAUCGAAUUUCCCUCAAUCAAUUUGGAUGCGAAAGUUCACUUUUUGUGCGUGAAAAAAGUGUCCCAAAGUGAAAAAUUCAAGAAGAGGCUGAAUUUUUUUGUAAAAAAAAUAAAAAUGUGUUGAUUGGGGCUGAGCACAGUGUGUGAUUGCAGAAAAAGACCCCCAAAGUGCAGACAGAGUGUCACUGAAUCUGUGGGAAAAUGUGUGUGGGUCUGAGAAUGAGUUCAGUGCUGUGUUCACUUGUGAUCCUCCUCAUAGUACGGCUCACCUUGGCCAGCCUCUCGGGGAUCUACGUGGACAAUGGCGUAGAUCAGACUGUAAUGCAUCGUACCUUGUCGCAGGAUGAUCAGCAGGAGGUUGAGCAUGAAAUUCUUGAACUUCUGGGUCUCCCAGAUCGUCCAAGGAGACGCCAUAUUCACCCCUCGCUCAGAAAAUCCGCACCGCAAUUUCUCAUGGAUGUCUACCGACGCCUCAGCGAGGAUACAGAGAGGACGCGCACAGUACGGAGUACGGAUGAAUUUGACAAUCUCAUCACGGACCAGGAUCAAAUGGCCAUCGACCAGAGCGAUAUAAUCAUGACAUUCUUGAAUAAAAACCACCACGUCUCGGAGGUGCGUCAUGAGCGCGGCCGCCGGCUGUGGUUCGACGUGUCGGAGGUUUCUCGUGAUUCAACCCUCAUGAUGGCUGAGCUGAGAAUCUACCAGAAACCCGGCAAGUGGAAGGGAACAAGUAAAACCUUCACAAUCACCGUACACUCAAUCAUUCGUCUCAACGGCCAAAGGGAACUCCAAGUACUGUCCUCAGUGAAUACCACAGCAGACUACUUUGGAUGGCUUGAGAUGAAUGUCACCGAAGGAUUAGCCCUGUGGGUGAAUGAUCCAGCUCAAAAUAAGGGUCUUUACAUCAGUGCCCACUCAACAGAUCGUCCCGAUCAUGAAGUCAAACUCGAGGACAUUGGUUUGGUCAAUACAAAGGGAGAUGAUGAGUAUCAACCCUUCAUGGUUGGCUUCUUCAAGGGACAAGAAAUUAUCCAACCCACACGACAUAGACGCAUCAAGAGGAGUGCUUCGAAAAGGAGUCACAAGAGGAAGGCACAUCCCCUCAUUGAUCCUCGACCAAAUUAUGAUCAUAAAAGUUGCCAAAUUCAGACGCUCUACGUCAGUUUCAAAGAUCUCCAAUGGCAGGAUUGGAUCAUAGCUCCUGAAGGCUAUGGCGCUUUCUACUGCAGCGGUGAAUGCAAUUUCCCCCUAAAUGCCCACAUGAAUGCAACGAAUCAUGCAAUUGUGCAAACUCUGGUUCAUCUCUUAUAUCCCACGAAGGUGCCAAAACCCUGCUGUGCUCCAACGAAAUUGAGCCCAAUAUCUGUGCUCUACUUCCUGGAUGAAUCUAAUGUGAAUCUCAAAAAAUACAAAAAUAUGGUCGUGAAAAGCUGUGGAUGCCACUAAAAUGGGAAAUGCGAAGAGCUUACAAGUCUGUUUGAACAAUGAACAAAAAAUCAUUUUAGAUUUACUGACGCGUAAAUUUAAUUUAUGUAAAUACACACAGUAACUUUAAUUACGAGAAA